AUGGCCUCCCUGGAGGAAGAGCUAACCUGCUCUAUAUGCCGAGACACCUUCAGCCAAGCCCAACCCCUGCCCUGUGGUCACAGCUUCUGCCCUGCCUGCAUCCGCGAGGCCUGGAGGGACCAGGGCGACGGCAGAACUCGCUUUACCUGCACCCAGUGUCAGGAGGAGCAUGGUGAAGUGCUGUGUGACAGCUGCCCUCCACAGCCAGCGGAUGAACAGCCAUCGCUGGCAGUCAAGACCUGCCUGAGGUGCGAAGUGUCGCUGUGUGCUGAGCACCUCCAGCCUCACCUGGAGAGGCCGGCGUUUAGCACCCACCUGUUGGUGGAUCCUCUGGGGGACCUCUCCCAGCGAAGGUGCCCAACACACACAGAGAUGUUGCGCUACUACUGUGCCGAUGAGAGGGUGUACGUGUGCGGUGACUGUCUGCUGGAGGGAGGCCAUGUUCAGCACAAAGUGAAGGCACUGAGGCAGGUGGAGGAGGAUCUGAAGAUCAUUCUCCAGACCCUGCUCAGUAAAGCAGAGGAGAAGCUGAAAGAUGGAGAGCGACUCCUCAAAGAGCACGGCAAUAUUGAUGCCACCCGGUUGCAGGACUCUCUGAAGCAGGAUGACACCCAGGUGGAGCGGCUGGGCUCAGACCUGCAGGUGCAGGUGAAGAACCUGGUGGUGGCUCUGAGGGAGAUCACCAAGAGGGAGAGACAGCAGGUCAUAGAGCGUGUGCAUGAAGACUGCUCCAAGGUGAGAGAGGACAUGAGCCAGACACUGAGCAUCCAGCACUAUCUGGCCUCGCUGCUGGCAGAGACGGACCCCUUCCUGCUCAUCUGGGCAUUUCAAUCAGAUGACACAAAGUUACUAGCCGACCUGAACAGAUCAAUUUUCAUCCCCGAUAACGUCAGUCUAGACAGGAAACACAUCCUGGAGGACGUUGAGAACAAGUAUCGGGAGUUCAUCACUGCCACCCUUCGCUGCCUCAGUGAACUCAAGAGGGAGCUCUUAACCAGCCCUUUAACUCUGGACACGAACACGGCUCAUCCUCUGUUGAGCAUCUCUGAUGACCUCCGCUCAGCGACACGGGUUAAAAACCGCCUUCCCUGCGCCGCUCACCCCGAACGUUUUGACCACUGGCCGCAGGUCCUCACCGUCCAGACCCUCUCCUCUGGGACUCACUACUGGGAGCUGGAGGCUGAGGGAUUCUGGGAUAUCGGCGUCUGCUAUAGAAGUAUUGGACGGAAGGGGAAAGACGGCAAUGCCUUCGGGAACAACAAGGUAUCAUGGAGCCUGACACAGCAGCACGACAGGAAGCUGGCUGCCUGGCACAACCGCAGGAAGACCCGCCUCGUGUACCAAAUGACUGGCGACCGAGUCGCCAUCGCUGUGGACUACGGCGCAGGCACCAUCACCUUCUCCGAGGUGGGACCGUCUAGCAGCCUGACCCACAUCCACACUUUCUCGACCACGUUCACUCAGCCCGUGUGCUUGGGCUUUGGACUCUACAAAGCUGAGCUCAACAGCCGCAUCUCUCUGGUCAAAGUCUGA